UUUAAUCUCUCAUUCCCUCCCUGUUCGGCUGGUCUUCCUUUUUAAUAUUCUCAUUUAUGGAUUUUCUGUUGCAGAACAGAGUCUCUUUUUAACUGCCGCAGCACACAACACGCACACACACUCUUUGCAUGUUCACAGAGAGAGAGAGAGAGAGAGAGAGAGAGAGAGAGACGGGGUGGGAGGAGCUUCUUUCUGGUUGCUCUGUGACUCUACAAUGUCGGGUUGCAAGGACGAAGACCCUCGAAUCCAUCGCAUCAGAAAUAGAAUAAGCGUCGUUCCCAAUUUCCCUAAACCAGGGAUCAUGUUCAAGGAUAUCACCACCCUGCUACUUGAUCCUAAGGCGUUCAAGAACAGUGUAGAUUUGUUCGUCGAGAGGUACAAGGGGAAAAAUAUAUCUGUCGUUGCAGGGAUUGAGGCUCGUGGUUUCAUUUUUGGCCCUCCCAUCGCAUUGGCUAUUGGAGCAAAGUUUGUUCCUUUGCGGAAACCGAGGAAAUUGCCAGGUGAAGUUAUUUCAGAAGAAUAUGUCUUGGAAUAUGGAACAGAUUGUCUAGAAAUGCACAUUGGAGCAGUUGAACCAGGUGAACGUGCUUUGGUAGUUGAUGAUUUGAUAGCCACUGGAGGGACACUCUCUGCAGCAAUGAAGUUACUUGAGCGUGUUGGUGCAGAAGUGGUUGAAUGUGCAUGCGUAAUUGAACUACCAGAUCUAAAGGGUCGUGAGCGACUGAAGGGCAAGCCAUUGUUUACCCUUUUGGAAUCUCACUAAUGGCACUGGCAGGGUUGAAGAGCUGCUCCAGAUGGAUAGUUGCUCAUUCUGUAUAUGGUAGGGAUUUUAUUGGUGGUGGAAUCCUUUGCCAACCUGAAUAUUGUUUCCAUUGCCAACCUGAAUAUUGUUUCCAUUUUUUCCUUGUAAAACAUUGGUAGGGGGUUAUUUUUUUUUAGCGUUGGUUGUUGAUGCAUCUUUGCAUCUAUCUCAUUUAAAGCAACUCGUCUGUUGUUUUUCGAUUAAAUUUGUGGAUUUGGCUCUGA